AUGGCAGCGUCUGCGGCCACAGGUCCGAUAGAAAAAAGACGUGAGGCGAUUGAAUUGGCCACGAUGGCAUGGCAAUCAGUGGGCCUUAAAGUUAUUAAGAGUGGCUUCACUUACAAGCUCAAAAAGGAUUCAAACACCCAGCCCGAGACCAUUGUAGCAAAAGAGCUUGAGCAUCUCCACGCUGUCGAGGAGACUGUCAGUGAAUCCGACGACAUCGUCACUCAACUCAUCGACGAGCCAACCGAAGAAAAGUAA